UUUGAUGUGAAUUUUUUCAUUAAUAUAUGAGUAUUACAUUGAUUCUCAGUUUCUCAUUGAAUUUCUGAUUUUACCUAUUUGGGAUCUUCCAGGUUCCAGAUUCUUGUAUUACUAUGCUUAUUUGCUUGUAAAAAUCUCGAUUACCUGUCAGCUCUGUCUACUCUGAUUUUGUUGCGUUAAAAGUGCACCGGAGGUGUAUCUUACGGGGUUAUAAUAGUCCUGCACUGCAGUGCAAAUUCUCAGUUUCAUUGUUUUGUGCUUAAUUCUUUGACUAAUUCCCGUUCCAAUUUAGUCCGAAAUUUCAAGUCUACAAUGGAUCGUAAGAGUUGGCCGUGGAAGAAGAAAUCAUCAGAUAAGACAGCAAGUGAGAAACCUGCAGCUCUUACAGUGGAAUCAGCAUCUGCCCCUUCAGACUCAACUGAAUCUCAGGGUAAACAGGAUAACUACAAGAAACCAAAAUAUGUGCAAAUUUCUGUUGAAUCUUAUUCACAUUUGACUGGACUUGAGGAUCAAGUUAAGUCUUUGGAGGAUCACGUUAAAUCUUUGGAGGAUCAAGCCAACUCUUUCGAGGAACAAGUGAAGAACUUAGAGGAUGAAAAUAAGGAUUUGAAUGAAAAGUUGUCUGCUGCGCAGACGGAAAUGACUAAUAAGGAGAACCUGGUGAAGCAACAUGCUAAAGUGGCUGAAGAAGCUGUCUCAGGUUGGGAGAAAGCUGAGUCAGAAGCUGCGACACUGAAAAAUCACCUAGAAUCAGUCACUCUUUUGAAGCUUACUGCAGAAGACCGGGCAUCACAUUUGGAUGGUGCACUCAAGGAGUGCAUGCGGCAGAUACGAAAUUUGAAAGAAGAGCACGAACAGAAGCUGCAUGAUGUGAUUCUCAGCAAAACCAAACAGUUUGACAAAAUGAAGCUUGAGUUUGAAGCAAAGAUAGCUAACUUGGACCAAGAGUUACUCAGGUCUGCAGCAGAAAAUUCCGCACUUACGAGGUCUUUGCAGGAGCGUUCUAGCAUGGUGAUAAAGCUCAGUGAAGAAAAAGCCCAAGCUGAAGCAGAAAUAGAGAUGUUCAAGAGCAAUAUUGAGUCAUGUGAAAAAGAAAUACAUUCUCUGAAAUAUGAACUCCAUAUUGCCUCAAAGGAGCUAGAAAUUCGUAAUGAGGAGAAAAAUAUGAGUGUACGCUCUGCAGAAGUAGCAAACAAGCAACACCUGGAGGGAGUAAAGAAAAUUGCGAAACUGGAAGCAGAGUGUCAGAGAUUACGUGGUCUUGUCCGGAAGAAGUUACCUGGGCCUGCAGCGUUGGCCCAAAUGAAGCUUGAAGUUGAGAGUUUGGGUCGAGAUUAUGGGGAUAGCCGUGUAAAGAAAUCCCAAGGCAGGCCUUCUAGUCCACAGUUUUCCAGUUUGCCUGAUUUUUCAUUUGAUACUGUGCAGAAAUACCAUAAAGAGAAUGAUCUACUCACCGAACGCCUUUUGGCAAUGGAGGAGGAAACAAAGAUGUUAAAGGAAGCUUUGGCACACCGGAACAGUGAAUUACAGGCCUCCAGGAGUAUUUGUGCAAAGACGGAGAGCAAGCUGCAAAGUUUGGAAGCACAACUGCAAGCUAAUGUUGAACAGAAGAGCCCAACAAAGUCCACAGUUCGAUUGCCUACUGAAGAUGGAAAUGACGAUAAUGCUAGCUGUGCUGGGUCAUGGACGACAUCAUCAAUGGCUGAACUCUCCCAUAUUAAGAAGGAAAAGAACUUUGACAGUCCGCAUAAAUCUGAAAGUGCAAGUCACCUGGAUCUCAUGGAUGACUUUUUGGAGAUGGAGAAAUUAGCUUAUCAGUCCAGUGACACAAAUGGAGCAGUUUCAAGUCCAGAUGAUAAUUCAAAACCUGAAACUACAAACGUUGACACCUCUUCUCCGCAGAAAGAACAUAACGAGACACUUAUAUCAGGAAAUCAAGCAUCUCCCAAAGAGGAAGUAUCGACACCGAGUCGUCUAUCCGUUUCAGAUGCAUCGAUAUUCAUGAAGCUCCAAUCAAGAAUUUCAAUGGUUUUGGAGUCUUUGAUAAAGGAAGCUGACGUUCAAAGAAUUCAAGAGGAUCUCAGACAGAUUUUGCAGGAAAUGGGCGACACCAUCCUACCGCAAUCAGCUACGAGCACUGUUGAGACUACUAUUUUCUCUGAUACUGCAACUGAAUCUCAGCCCUCUCAUGAUGAUGGUGAGGCAAACAUAGAAAAGGAAAUUCCUGUUUCACAAUAUAGUAAACCAUGCGACGAGACAGUCAAUGGUAUUAGCAAAGAAUUAGCUGAUGCUAUGUCUCAAAUUCAUGACUUUGUACUUGUUCUGGCAAAAGAAGCAAAGGCUGUCCAGGGAACAGCUGCAGACGGUAGUGGAAUAAAUGAAAAAAUGGAUGAUUUCUCUGCCACUUAUGCUGCAGUAAUAAGCAGCAGGUUAAGUAUGGUGAAAUUUGUCCUUGAUCUCUCUCGUGUCCUGAGUAAUGCGAGCGAACUACACUUCAAUAUCCUCGGCUACAAGAAUUCUGAAAUAGAAAUAAGUACAUCUGAUUGCAUAGACAAGGUUGCUUUACCAGAAAAUAAAGGUCUUCAGCAUUCAGGAGAGGAGGGAUACGCAAAUGGUUGCGCUCAUUUUUCUGAUUCCACUUCUGAUCCAGAUAUUCCUCAUGAAGGAAGCCUUGUUCCCACUUCAGAGUCAGCAUCAACCUCUUUGAAGUGCUCGUUGGAGGAGUUUGAACAGUUGAAACUAGAGAAAGAGGAUAUGGCUCUUGAUCUUGCUAGAUAUUCUGAGAACUUGGAAAGCACUAAAUCUCAAUUGUCUGAAACCGAGCAGCUUUUAGCAGAAGUGAAGUCACAAUUGGUAUCUGCUCAAAAGGCAAACAGUUUGGCUGAAACUCAGCUCAAAUGCAUGGCAGAGUCGUAUAAUUCACUCGAAACUCGGACUGAGGAGUUGCAAACUGAAGUAAACCGUCUUCAGGCAAAGAUAGAAAGUCUCGAUAACGAGCUUCAAGAGGAAAAGAAGAGUCACGAGGAAGCUUUAGCCAGAUGCAAGGAUCUCGAAGAACAACUGCAAAGGAUUGAGAGUUCUCCAGCUGCUGAUCUUGAUGCCAAGAACAACCAGGAGAAAGAGUUAGCAGCUGCAGCAGAGAAGCUGGCCGAGUGUCAAGAAACCAUAUUUCUUCUUGGAAAACAGUUGAACUCCUUGCGUCCGCAGACGGAGUUUAUGGGGUCUCCAUACGUCGAUAGAAGUUUAAAAGGUGAGGGCUUUCGGGAAGAACCGACAACCACCAGCAUGAACUUGCAUGAAAAUGAUUUGGCCGAGUCCCCUCCUGUGGAUAUAUACAAUGUGCCGUAUAGUCCGUCAGACUCUGAUUUAAACAAUCCAUUGAGAUCACCAAUCAGCUCAAAGUCUCCGAAACACCGGCCUACUAAAUCUGGUUCUUCUUCAUCUUCUGGUCCGACACCUGAAAAACAAGCUCGUGGUUUCAGCCGAUUCUUUUCUUCUAAAGGAAAGAAUGGCUAUUAGCCUGCAGCUUGCACGCUUUGUAUGCCAUUCGUUUGACAAGUCGACUAAUAAGAUUGGAAGGCACGACAUGUUGACUCGACUACUGUAGAUAAUGAGUUACAGAUUCUCAUUUUGCUUUGUUGAGGUAAUCACACUUUGGAAUUUCCUAUUGGCCAGUUCAGGCUUAAAGGUAUACAAGAAAAGUCACUUCUCUUGUUCAUUAGCUUCUAUCUGUCUUUUUCUUUUUUGGUGUAGCGAAGUUCUUAAAAUGUAUGUACACGUUCUGCUCCUGGAAAUUACAUAGUGGAAGAUGCCAUUUUGUAUGUUGUCUUGUAUGAAAGGAUGUUUUGUGAUUACUAUGAAAUAAUAGUUGUAUGACAUGACUGUAUAUGAUUUAUAUA